AUGCCUGGUUAUUAUGGAGCAAUGCCUACAUGGUCACCUACUUUUUUGUCAUAUCCAGAUGGCAACCAAUAUCCAUUUCAAUAUGAGAUGAGACCUCCAAUACCUGUCAUCAAUACCUGUUCCGCUACAAGCACAAUAGUUGAUAAAGAUAAAGAGGAUGGAUUAAAUUGUAGGGAAACUGAAUCGCCAUGUACCUCCUCUAGAAUUGUUGAAACGAGUAAAGAGGAUAGACCAGAUUCUGAGAAAACCGAUGACAAAAGUGCUGGGACACCUCAGAUAAUGCAAACAGAUGGUGAUGAUUUAAUUGAAGAGCCAAAGUCGGGUAUGCAGUUUAAUUCUUUUGAAGAAUUAAUUGAGUAUUAUAAAGAAUAUGCUAAGAAAUGUGGAUUUGGAGUGAUGACACAAAGGAGUGAGAGGGGAGAGGAUGACAGUGUCAGAUAUGUAACCCUUGGUUGUGCACAUGGUGGGAAAGCUUGGAAUAGGACGUUAAAUAUUGCCAAACCCCGUCCGACAGGAAAGACGGAUUGUAAGGCAAAGAUAAAUGCCUUAAAAGUAGAGGGAAAGUUGCAGUUAACAACUGUUCAGAAUAUUCAUAAUCACGGCCUCAGUCUGCAGAAAUCCCGAUUCUUUCGAUGUAACCGAGAGGUGAGUGACUCCGUAAAAGGAGUCCUAGAUACAAACGACUUGGCUGGCAUUCGAAUGAACAAUAGCUUUGGAUCUCUUGUUGUUGGCACCGGUGGAUUCGAGAACCUCCUAUUUUUAGAGAAAUAUUUUCACAAUUAUAUUAAUAAAGCACGGCAUCUACGACUUGGGAAAGGUGGUGCCGGAGCGCUUCGAGAGUACUUUUGUAGAAUGCAGUACAAGAACGACGAAUUUUUUGUUUUGAUGGAUUUAGAUGAUGACGGGAGGUUGAAAAAUGUAUUAUGGGCAGACCCACGUAGUAGGGCAGCCUAUCAGUAUUUUGGUGAUGUGAUAACAUUCGACACCACAUACCUGACAAAUAGAUAUGAGAUGCCCUUUGCACCCUUUGUUGGUGUAAAUCACCAUGAGCAAUCAAUUCUUCUGGGGCAGGGUUGA